UACCUGCACCACGAAUCUCGCCGCAUAUCACACAAUACACGAUAGAUCUUCUGUCGAAUCUCCAAUCGGAUUUCAAAUCAAGGUGGAUCUCAAGUUGUAUUUGACGAGUACAAGGUCAGGUUGUCUACGCUAGGCCACCCGGCACGACUUACCCAAUGCGGACAAAUAUCACGGAGAGGAGAAGAAGGGGUAGGCAGCAAUCGGUGCUCAACGGAGCUAAAGUAGUUCUCAGUUGCAGCUUGGUCUCUGUAUAUGAACAAACGUAUUUGGCGCUGAAGAUUAGAUAAUUAACUCACGAAUCCCCCAACUUCUCCUUCAAACACAACACCACACACAUAUUACCAGCUAUGUCUCAAAAAUACGUACCUCUCACCAUCAUCAAGGGCGCGGGGCAUGAGUACAUCCCCAUCCCCGAGGGUGAGAGCGCCAUCGUCGCAGACUUCCACUCCAUCCGCACCCAAACCACCGACUCUCCCACAUACCUGACCUCAGGAUUCUACCGCAUCAAAGCCGGCCCCACACGCAACAUCCCCACCUACGACUACGAGGAGACCAAGUACGUUCUCAACGGCCAAAUCGACGUACUAGACGAGGCAACCGGCGUCACACAUCACCUUGUUGCGGGCGACUUUGCUUUCUUCCACGUGGGCUCAAAGGCGCAGUUCUCGAGUAAGUCGGGUGGUACCGCUUUCUUUGCGGUUACAAGGCCGAUUAUCACUCAACAUCCGGGUUUGAAGGGUAGGGAGGAGAAGGUUCAGUCGAAGUUGUAGAUGUAGGGAUGGGCCAUGGGAGGGAUCCUGUUUUGUGAUCAUCUGUCGGACUUGGG